GCUAUAUUUGCAAACCAUAUCUCGGCCGUAUAUCAGACAUCUGACGCGACUUAACCUUAUUAAGAUCAACAAUAGAUAAAUGCGCUCGACAUUUGGAAAAUAUUUAUUAUCUUUUGUUGAGUUUGCUUAACAUGAACACUUGUCAGGCAAAAAAUUUUGAGGGACCUACAUAUGUAAUCUGAGGAUAAAUCGAGAUCAUAGGAGGCAAUUAAAAGUAUACAGCUCCAUGGGCACAUGUUGGCCCCCGCACAAGUCUACUCCACUGUCGCCGGCGGGAAGUUUUCCAUUGAGAGAGGAACCGCUUUUGUUUUCCUCAUUGGCAGACGUUAAUGAUAAUGACAAUAUUAUUAUAAUAAAACCCAAAGAGCUCUGUCGGGACCGUUAAUUAAUGGAAUCACCACUAUCAGAGAAUUGUUAAACGCCAAUAAAACACAAAUUGAGUAAAAAAAAGGUCCUAGAAAUAAUCGUGUGGCUGACAAACAAAUCGCACCGUCCAUUUAUAAUGAGCCAAUCAAUAAAUCGCUGGCCAGACGCCCGUUAAAUCGGAAAGUGAACAAACAUGGUGUAUCAUGCCAAUGGAGAGAGAAGACCCCUGCUGCUCCGCGUAGUUUCAAAUCCCCUCAGGACUUUAUCUUCCAGAGGUUUUGGCGCGCGCCAUUGGCAGGCCAUUCUCCUGUUCGUUGGCAUGAUGAUCAACUACUUUCAGCGGGUCAAUAUCUCGGCUGGUAUUGUUCCCAUGACGACACCCACAGCAGGUGCUCCUUUCUACAAAUGGGACACGUCGGAUAAGUCCAUGAUCCUCAGCAGCUUUUUUUGGGGCUAUGUGGUCUCCCAGGUUCCAGCAGGACUUCUGGCUAAACGAUUUGGAGCCAAGGUGGUCUUGGGUUCGGCCACGGCCAUCGGCGGCAUUCUUUGCUUCUUCCAUCCCAUGGCAGCCAGCAACGGCUGGGAGAGUGUCUGCGUUCUUCGCGUCCUAACCGGUCUGGUCCAAGGAACUGUCUACCCGUGUGUUCACACGCUGCUCGCUAAGUGGGUGCCUCGCACGGAGAGAGGACUUCUCACCACGGGCGUUUAUGCGGGGGCACAGUUCGGAACGGCCAUUAUUCUGGUCACCAGCGGAUUUAUCUUCGAGUCCAGUAUGGGUUGGCCGGGAUUGUUCUACAUUUCGGGCGGCCUGAGCCUGGCCUGGUCGUUAUUAUUCUUCUGGCAAGCGGCCAAUCAACCCGCCACAGCUCGCAGGAUCUGCAAAACCGAAAAGGAGUACAUCGAAAGCCUUACGGGCAGCAACAGCUCCAGUCAGUCCAUGCCCGUGCCCUGGUUGUCUAUUUUUAAGUCUCCAGCUUUCUAUGGUCUGCUGGCAGCCCAUUGUGGAUUCACCUGGGGCUUCUACACGUUGCUUACAGAGAUGCCUACCUACAUGAGCAGUGUGCUGCAGCUGAAUGUCAAGUCCAACGCUUUCCUCUCCUCGCUGCCGUACUUUGCCAUGGGCUUGCUCUGUUUUGUGGUCAGUCCCAUAUCCGACUUGCUCAUCAACCGGGGCACCAUGUCGACUACGACGGCCCGAAAGCUCUUCAACUCAAUUGGACAGUGGGGACCAAUGGCAUGUUUAAUCGGACUGGGAUACAUGACCGCCGACGAAAAGACGUGGGCCAUUCUCCUACUGACGCUGGCGGUGGGCAUCAAUGCGGGCUGCUCCUGCGGCUAUCUGAUCAAUCAUAUCGAUCUUUCGCCCAAUUUCGCCGGUCCCAUGAUGGGAGUGACCAAUGGAAUCGCUGGAAUUACAUCCAUAUUGGCUCCUUUGGUCGUGGGAGCGAUUAUAUCGAAUGAAAUGGACCCCAGCCAGUGGCGGGUGGUGUUUUUCAUAACAGGAGGAAUUUACCUAGUCUGCAACACCCUCUUCGUGAUAUUCGGCAGGGCAACAAUACAACCGUGGAACGAGACCCCAUCCAUGUCCAGCACGAUGACGCUACGCAACCAUUUGGAGAACGAUUCUAGUUCCAUUGCUCCUACUUCGGACAAAGACAAUCGGUUUUGAAGCCAUUGGCAUGCACCUGUUUCCCAUUGACAAUCUCUUUAAAUUUAGUAAUUAUAAGUUAUCGUUAUAUUUGACUUUCUUUUGUGCCAGCGAUAUUUGGAUAUGCCUAGCUCUAACUAAAGAUAUUGGUUUAUGUUUACGCUUAUGCUAAGGGAAGCUUUAUAUGACUUAGUUGUGUGAUCAGCGGAAAUUAGACUUUACGAUGUAUGGCACGUUUCUAGUUUAAGUCGUUUUGAGUACCAUUAAGUGAGUUGUCUAUGCACACAGCAUACUAAUAAAUAUUUACAGCCCUGUGUAA